GAUGAUGAUGAGGAUGAUGAUGAGGAUGAUGAAGAGGAUGAUGAUGAGGAUGACGUUGAGGAUUGUGAUGAGGAUGAUGAUGAGGAUGACGAUCAGCAUGAAGAAGAAGAUGAUGAUGAGGGUGAUGUUCAGAAUCAUGAUGAGGCUGAUGAUGAAAAUGAUGAUGAGGUUGCGGAUGAGGAUGAUGAUGAGGAUGAUGAUGAGGAUGAUGAUCAGGGUGAAGAUCAGGAAGUUGUCGAAGUAGAUGAUGAGGAUGAUGAUGAGGGUGAGGAUGAUGAUGAGGAUGAUGAUGAG